AAUAAGAAGAAACAGUAUAGCAUUUCAUUUUUCUUUCUGUUUUCUAAAAUUGGCAGAGCUGCACUCACUAUACUCUAAAUAUAGCAAAAACCAUAGCGGUUUCUCUUUUGGUUGUAUUAUCAGGGAAAAAGAGUUGUGAGUCUAUUUGUCGCUAACUACCAUUUCCUUUUCUCUGUUUAUGUUCUCGAAACAGUAACGAAUGUUUUCUUAAGAUUAUCAAAAACCUCAACAUUCCAAUCUUUUUUACGUUCAGAGAGAGAAUCACAAGACGAAAGCGAGCGCAAACUUUAAGAUUUCAUAGGGCAUUGGUUGUUGUCAAGAAAUUUGUAAUCUAUGGCAAUGGUGCAAUCUCCAAAGGCGGCAACAUCAUCAUCGCCGUCGUUAAUUCUAACGUCCGGUGCUAGUGGGAGAAUUCGUGCAUUAUUUUCCGUUCAAGCCUUAAAAAGCUUGUUAAUGCUGAUAAAUGCAUUCUUUUUGCUGCUUUUAAUCCCUUUCCGUGGUCGGAGACGGACGGUGGUAUCGGCAGGGGUGUCUGCGAGGGGGUCAUCAUCAUCUUCGUUCGGUGAUCAAAAAUCCAAGGAUGAUAGGUUGUUGCAGGAAAGUGGGGUCCACCGGACCAAGUUGCGGGUCCCGGCAACAGUAGUGCCAUGGAAGAGUAGUGGCGGUAGUGGGGUGACGGCGGUGGUGGAUUCGGAAGUUGGGGGCAGGAGGGCCAUUGCAAUAAAGAGGGCGUUACAGGAAGAUGACCCCAAUACGGUUAGAGAGUUUUCACUGUUUGUUUCUGCUCGGAGUGAUACCAUUUUUACCCAGUCGUGGAUCUCAGUUUCAGUUAAAAUCAGGGGGCUGGUUGUUCUUAUGCAUGGUCUGAAUGAGCACAGUGGCAGAUAUAGUGACUUUGCGAAAAAACUGAAUGCUAAAGGGUUUAAGGUUUAUGGAAUGGAUUGGAUUGGACAUGGUGGAAGUGAUGGGCUACAUGGAUAUGUUCAUUCUCUUGAUUAUGCUGUUGAUGAUCUGAAAUCUUUUCUCGACAAGGUUUUGUCAGAAAAUCCUGGGCUUCCAUGUUUUUGCUUUGGGCACUCAACUGGUGCAGCCAUUGUUCUCAAGGCUGUGAUGGAUCCAAAAGUUGAAGCCCGUGUUUCUGGUGUGGUAUUUACUUCACCUGCAGUAGGAAUUCAGCCAUCCCAUCCUUUUGUUGUGCUACUAGCCCCAGUUAUCUCAUUUUUGUUGCCAACGUUCCAACUUAGUACUUCAAAUAAGAAGGGCAUGCCAGUUUCUCGGGACCCAGAGGCACUAGUGGCCAAGUAUUCGGACCCACUAGUCUACACUGGAUUUCUCAGGGUAAAGACUGGCUAUGAAAUUCUCCAAAUUACAGCUUAUUUACAGCAGAAUCUGAAAAGACUGAGAAUUCCAUUUCUCGUUCUUCAUGGUGCUGCUGACACUGUAACCGACCCGGAUGCUUCUCGCAAACUGUAUGAAGAAGCCUCCUCAACAGACAAAACCAUCAAACUAUUAGAAGGGUUCUUGCAUGAUCUCCUAUUUGAACCAGAACGGGAUGAAAUCAUGAAGGACAUUAUUGAUUGGUUGAAUUGUAGAGUAUAAAGGGUUAGGUAGUGCAAUGACAGAAAUCAUUGAGGUCUUCACUAACCAUAAGACUACGGAAUCAGAACGGUGUAGAAGACUUCACUUUGUCAGCAUCAUUUUUAUGCAUUGCUGCUUGAAGCCUUCCAUUUAAUCAUACGAGACAGGUUUCUUUUUCUUUUUUUUUUGGUGAAUAAGAUUCAGCAUUUUUUAUGAUGUUGAAACUGGACAAUGUUGUUUAAGUCCUUAUUUCAUCCGACUGUAAUAUCAUGUGGAGUAUUAAGGAUUCAUAUAGAAUCCAAAUAUAAAUCGUACUUGUUGCCUGC